UUUAAAAAUCUCAAUACAAAAAUGGAACAAUUUCUAGAAUACGUGAACAAGCAUCAAAACGAUUUCGUUGAAAGACUUCGUAAGGCUGUUGCCAUUCCUAGUGUCAGUGGCGAUCCUGCUCACCGCCCUGAUGUCUUUCGUAUGUCUGAAUUCUUAGUGGAUGAAUUAAAGGCUCUCGGCGCUCAGGUCGAAACCCGUGACCUUGGUAAGCAAGAUUGGCAUGGACAAGAGUUGGAUUUGCCUCCUAUUGUCCUUGCUUCCAUUGGUAGCAAUCCUGAAAAGAAGACUAUCUUGGUCUAUGGUCAUUAUGAUGUUCAACCUGCUCUUUUGGAAGAUGGUUGGAACACUAAUCCUUUUGAAUUGGUAGAAGAUGAAAAGAACCGCUUGAUUGGUCGUGGUGCUACUGAUGAUAAGGGUCCUGUCUUGGGUUGGAUCAAUGUGGUUGAAGCCCACAAAGCAUUAGGUCUUGAAUUGCCCGUGAACCUUAAGUUCUGUCUUGAAGGUAUGGAAGAAUCUGGUUCUGAAGGCUUAGAUCCUCUUAUUUUCCAAGAGGCCGAUAAGUAUUUCAAGGAUGUGGAUGCUGUCUGUAUCUCUGAUAACUAUUGGUUGGGUACCACCAAGCCUUGUUUGACCUAUGGUCUUCGUGGUGUCUCUUACUUCCACAUGAAGGUGAAGGGGCCUGCUGCUGAUCUCCAUUCCGGUGUCUUUGGUGGUACUAUCCAUGAGCCCAUGGUUGACCUUGUCAAGGUCAUGAGUAAGCUUGUGGAUCAUCAUGGUAAGAUUCUUGUUCCUGGUAUUUAUGAGCAAGUCCGUACUUUGUCUGAUGAAGAACAAAAGACCUAUGAUAACUUGGCUUUCAAGAUGGAAGAACUUCAUGAUGCUGUAGGUAACAAAAUUAACAUUCACGAAAAUAUCCGUGACACACUUCAAUGCCGUUGGAGAAAUCCUUCUUUAUCUCUUCACGGUAUCGAAGGUGCCUUUUACAAUCCUGGUGACAAGACUGUCAUUCCUGCUGCUGUCACUGGUAAAUUCUCUAUUCGUACUGUCCCUGAUAUGGAACCUGAAAAGGUGACUGAACUUGUUGUCAAGUACUGUCAAGAAGAAUUCGCUAAAUUGGGCUCUAAGAACCAAUUUGAAGUCUUCUGCACUCACGGUGGUAACCACUGGCUCUCUAGUCCCGAACAUCCCAACUAUGUUGCUGCUGCUAAGGCUGUAGAAACUGUCUAUAAGGUCAAGCCUGAUUUAACUCGUGAAGGUGGUUCUAUUCCCGUCACUUUAUCAUUCCAAGAAGCCCUUAAGAAGAAUGUCUUGUUAUUGCCUAUGGGCCGUGGUGAUGAUGGUGCUCAUUCUACAAAUGAAAAGUUAGAUAGAUCCAACUAUGUUCAAGGUACACAACUAUUAGGUGCCUAUUUGUAUGAAGUUGCUCAAGUUGAACUCUAAGUUCAUUUUAAAUAAAAUGACUAUUAUGUAUA